AUGAACUCAACGGCGAACGGAUCCAGUGGGUCUUGUUGCUGUUUUAAUUUCAGUGCACGGAAAAUUGGAGGAACCGUUGCCUUUUGUCUGAUCAUCAUCGUUUCACUGGUCGCAAACUGUCUAAUUCUUAUCCUCGUUUGUAAAACGCCGAGCUUAAGAGAAACCAACAAAUUAUUAUUUUUUUUUAUUGCAAACAUGGCCCCGUCUAAUUUGUUGUAUACAAUAUUCUCGAUACCUUUCAACCUGUCCGACUUGCACACUAACUCGUGGCUUAUCGGCGGUCAGCUUGGCCUGGGGCCCGUUUCUCGAAAGUCCCGGUAACAUUUCAGGCCCGAAAUCAAACAUUCAAAAUGGAAAAAUAAAGAAUAAGUGUGCGGGUCCUGGCAAGCAAACUACUCCAUUUCGUUUUACUGACUAAUGAUUUUAUCAUGUUAGAUGCAAAACUAUUGAAACCACUAUCUUGCAUGUAAACAGCAACAGCUUAGUAUCGGGGCUUUAGAGAAACGGGCCCCAGGCCUUGUGUAAGCUCGUCCCUUUCUUUGGUGACGUUUUCUUUGCAGUUUCGAUUCAGAAUCUGAUUCUUAUAGCAGUGGAUCGAUUUGGAGCCGUGGUGUUUCCACUCCGUUCUCCACUCAUCACAUCCAAGCAGUUUCCGUUCUUCAUUCUCGUCACGUGGAUCUUUGCCAUAGUUUUUAAUUCGCCAGAAGUCUUCACCCUCGAGCUCGUUGAAUACUUUGAGAGAACCUGGUGUGUUAAAAUGGAAGAAAGUAUUUGGAGAGUCAUUGUCCCAUGCCAGUUUCCUGCUACCUCACAAGAUGCUGUCUACAUACACCCCUUUGCUGUUGUUAGUCAUUCUUCACUCCAUCAUCUUUAUCAACCUCAAGACACCCGCACACCCAGGUGAACAGUCCACCAACAAUCAGCAACAGGAAAAAAGAAUAAACAGAAGCGUUCAAAAUGUCCAUUGCAAUCGUAACAGUGUUUGUACUUUGCUGGUUACCUUACAAUACUAACCAUUUAAUCAUAGUGUAUAUGGACAGGUCUGCGCAUUUCUCGUGUAGUUUCUCGAUAUAUCUUUAUGUAAUCUACUUUUCGAUUCACGCUUACUGUGCUAUCAACCCGAUUAUCUGCUUCAUUUGUUAGUAGUAAUUAUCCCAAGGUAUUAAAAGACUCAUAAAAUGUUCUUCUGUACAGGCGUAAGUCGCAAAAAUUUGCUUUUAAUUGAAUAUGUUAUGAGUUAGAGGUUGUGGAACAUUUGCCAAUAAAAACUAUCAUGACUGUUUAUGUACUUUGAGAAGUAAAAUGUGUUCCAGUUUAUGCCUCCCUGACUCGGCCCUACCAUGACUGCGAAGAGUGACAGCAUAGGCGACGUAUUGUAAUAGUUUGGGUGGUAAAUAACAGUGCCGGAUCCAGACCUUGAGAUAACGGGGGCUAGGGGAGGGGGGGAAUUGUAGGUCUCCAAAAAAUUUUUUCUGCUCCUCGGGCCUUAGUUUGGUCUAAAAAUAAGGGGGCCCCGGGCCCCCCGGACCCCUCCCCUAGAUCCGUCACUGAAUAAAACUCAGGGAUGGACCAUGCACCCUCUCAGCCGCAGAACUGUUCAUUCGCUAACUUGAUCACUUGGCGUCACUCAACAAAUUAGAAGGUUCUGCUCGCAGGGUGAGAUGGACCAUUAGAAACGUUAUGGGGGAGGGGGGAGGUGAAGUGCAAAGUAAAUAUUCAUGCAAGGGGGAAAUAAGCUGAAAAUAAAAAGAAAUGUUAGCGAAAAAUGAUAUGUAUCAUAACACCGGUCAAUUUCUAAAUGAGACAAACACAGUGGCUUAGUAUUCGUUAAUCUGCUUGCUGCAGUAUAGCAGGGGCAGCGAUUCCUUUUUCCUUUUUUCCGCCCCGCGAACAUUUCGCGUGUCUUUCCCCCUGACUAUCUGAGAGCCUGGAACAGCUCAGUUUAACCAAUGUAAAGAAGUAGGAAUGGUAACGGAUGGAAAAAAUACUUAGUGCCGCGUAUCAGCGACAGAACUGAUGUAAUUGCAGGUGUCAAGAGAGAAUUUGCAGGCGUUCAAUCGAGGCCGCUGACAUGCGCGGGAACCAGGCUGGUCAGAAGACGUGUCAUCUGCAGAAUUUUGUCGGCGGCGCUUUUGAAGAUUGUCCCGUCUCAGGCAAAAUUUAAAAAAUGCACGACAAACUAUCCGCAUCAUUAAUUAGGCGUUGAUGAUGACAGGAUAUUCCGCUCUUCAUAAGCUCUCUUUAUAUUUUGUGUCGAAAGCAUAUUAGUUUUGAAAAUUAGGUUGUUACAUAAAUGACAAUAAACUCAGUCAUUUCUCUUUUAAAUGACUCCCGUCAUUAAACGCCCCUCUUGGAACUCUAAAAGUAGUAAUCGCUAUUAGACAUAAAUGAAGUGUCACAACGUUAUCGAAGAAAAGAGCUGUAGCCAACAAGUACUGAAUAUUGUAACAAGAACCUGCUAGUUUCUCUUUGCCGACAGCAGACUUUUGGUUUUCCCAUUUUUAGCUCGGUCGAGAAGUAAAUGUUAUAAAACUUCAUGUUUUAUGCACACGUGAUAAUAUGCACCUUAUUUUUUCCUCAUAUUCACCUGUUAAGCCUGCGCUUAAUGGCCUGAAGGCGGCUUCGCCUCUGCUUCCUGUGGUUAACUGUCAAACUUGUGUAGUUCAUGAUGGUACUACCAAAGAUAUCAUUCUUUAAUGUGUUAAAACACACAUGUUUAAUCAUCUUCUCAAUCGAUUUCUUAAUACAACCACAUGACCUAAAUGAAGUGUUCUGGAUGGUUUAUAACAUUUUAAUACCCCACUGUUUCAAUUCUGUCAAAAGGUCGGUUGGCGGAUAAUGCCGGAACAUUAACAAACUCACUUAUUGAAGGCCUCAGAGGACAGCUGUGCUGUUGCUUUGCAGGGGGCUUGCAAUUAUCAAUAAAAGUUCUGCCACUCAAACAGCAUACGCAAUUUAUAAACAAUACAGAGCAGUAAUUCAAAGUUACUUGACUGCAUGUGUACGACUCUGUAGAUACGUCGCAAAACUCAGCAUGAACUCAACGGCGAACGGAUCCAGCGGAUCUUGGAGCUGCUUUAAUUUCACUGCGUGGAAAAUCGGAGGAACCGUUACCUACUGUCUGAUCUUCAUCGUUUCCCUGGUCUUAAAUUCUCACAUUGUUAUGAUCGUUUAUAAAACGCCGAACUUAAGAAAACCGAUAAAUAAUUUCAUCGCAAACAUGGCCUCAUCUGAUCUGCUGUAUCCAAUAUUCUGGAUACCUUGGAACCUGUCAAGGUUGCACACCAAUAACUCGUUUCUUAUCGGUGGUCAGCUUGGUCAGGCCUUGUGUAAGCUUGUCCCUUUCUUUGGUAACGUUUCCUUUAUCGUUUCGAUUCAGAAUCUGAUUCUGAUAGCAGUGGAUCGCUUUGGAGCCGUGGUGUUUCCACUCCGUUCCCCACUCUUCAGAUCCAAGCUGUGUCCUUUCUUCAUCCUCGCUACAUGGAUAGUUGCCGUAGCGGUCAGUUCGCCAUACUUGUUCACUGCCGAGCUCGUUGAAAACCCAGAGGGAAACCGGUGUGAUAAUCAAUGGGAAAAAGUAUUCGGAGAGUCAUCAUCCUAUGCCAGUUUCGCACUAGCUUUCUACAGUCUGUUUAUAUUCAUACCUGUGCUGUUGCUAGUCAUUCUUUACUCCAUCAUUGUUAUCAAGCUCAAGACACAGGCACACCCAGGUGAACAGUCCGCGAACACUCAGCAACAGCGGGACAGAAGAAACCGAAACGUGCUUCAAAUGUCCAUUGCUAUCGUAACAGUGUUUGUGCUUUGCUGGUUACCUUACAAUACUAACCAUUUAAUCAUAGUGUAUAUGGACAGUCUCACGCAUUUAUCGUGUAGUUUCUGGAUUUACGAUCAAGUCACCAUUUAUAUGGCUUACGCGUACUGUGCUAUCAACCCAGUUAUCUGUUUCAUGUUUAGCAAUAAUUACCGAAAAGCUCUUAAGAGACUCAUAAAAUGUUCUUUUGUACAGGCAUAG